CUGCGCUUUUCCAUAGCGCGGUCGGGCUGCCCUCACGCUUUCCGGCAGUGUGGCUGAGUCAGCCUUCCUUGACCUACGGUCACUUUCCGGCAGUGUGGCGGGGCUCCGCCGUCUGGCGCCCGCAGGGGCUUGGGGUUUCCAGGACGUAGAAAACUGGAGUUCUGCUUGAGGAAUGAGCCUUUUCGACAUUUUCCGGGGCUUUUUCGGAUUCCCGGGGCCUCAGAGACCUAGGGAUCCCUUCUUUGGAGGGAUGACUCGAGAAGAGGAUGACGAAGAUGAAGACGAGGAAGGAAGAGGGGGGGCCCCCUGGGGCCCCAGGUUUGGAGGCCCCAGCUCCUCCGAGGACUUCACUUUUGGCUUUGGCUUUGGCUCGGAAGAUGAGAUGCGAUUCCACGAUAACUUUGGCUUUGACGAACUGAUUCGGGAUUUCAACCGUAUUUUCGGAGACCUAGGGGCCUGGACCCUGCCCUCCCGUCCCCCUGAGCUCCCAGGCCCAGAGCCAGAGCCCCCCACUGAGAGGCGGAGGGAGGGAGAGACCAUCCGGGAUUCCAUGCUCAAGUAUCCUGAUAGUCACCAGGCUAGGAUUUUCAAUCGGGGAUCGGACAGUGAUCAGGGGCAUUCGUCUCCCAAAGGAGUCCCAGACUGGGACUCCAAGAGGCCUCUGCGAGGGUUUGAUGACAUGUGGCCGGUGACCCCUGAUACUAGACCGAGAGAGGACAAGGAUCUUGAUUCCCAGGUCUCCCAGGAGGGCCUGGGUCAAGUCCUACAGCCCCAGCCUAAAUCUUACUUCAGAAGUGUGUCCGUGACCAAAAUAACUGGACCAGAUGGGACAGUAGAGGAGCGACGCACUGUCGUAGACAGUGAGGGCCGCAAAGAAACCACAGUAACCCGGCGAGAAGCAGAUAGCAGUUCUAGAGAUGAUUCAGGCACCCCACGGCCUCCAAAUUUGGGGGACAACUCUUCCUUCCUGGAUUCGUUCCUAGGACGAUGGUUCCGAUCUUGGUAGUCCCAAGUUGAUACCAUGGAGGACUCCAUCCCUCCCGUCCUUGCCCCAAUCAUUGCCAUCUGGUUCCUGACAUCACUAGUUGGCUCAGCUGCUCUUCCUGCCACAGUGAGGGUAUUCUGGGGGGGUGGGGGGGGCUGAUAGAUAAAGAAAAAGGUACCCUACACUUUUCUCCCCUGCCCUUGCUGCCUCCCAAAUAAAAUCUUUAUUUAUGCUAUUGC